AUGGUGCAAGGAAAGGAGUUUGAGGCUUCUCGCAAAGCAGAGGGCGUCGGCUCAUCGAACAAGAGCAAUGAUCCCCAUCCAGCAGGCAGAGUACAAUACGGCGGAGUACGGCAGUUCAUUCGAAUGUGCUCGUUCUCGGCCUACUUUAUAGCUUGUUGUAUAAUAGUACAUCUUACCCAGCUUGUUGGAACGCCUCUCUAUCUAGUAAAUAAGUCUAUUUACUAUGCGUAUAUGUCCCGGACAAAACAAAGUUUUGGCGUUCUUGUAACAACAAUUACUCAGUGGUGGUCACCAACCGUUGUUCGGGUCACUGGUGAUAAAAGUGUCAGACAUCAACUCAAAAGAACCGCAGAUGGUCGAUUAGAAUGUGACUUUCCCGAGAGAAUGAUAUUAAUAGCCAAUCAUCAGCUCUAUUCUGACUGGUUAUAUCUCUGGUGGAUAGCGUAUACUGCGCGUCUCCACGGAUUCUUAUAUAUAAUCCUGAAGGAAUCUUUGAAGCACAUACCUGUCGUUGGCUGGGGCAUGAGAUUUUACGGAUUUAUCUUCCUAGCCCGAAAAUGGGAACAGGAUCAACCUAGGUUCAAACACCGACUGUCAAAGCUCGCUGCAGGUGGCGGCCAAGAGCCAAUGUGGUUGAUGAUAUUUCCAGAGGGGACAAACCUUAGUGACAACGGACGGAAUGCAAGCGCCAGUGUUGAGUGGGUAUAUGACUGCACUGUUGCCUAUGAGGGUAUCCCCCGUGGAAAGUUUGGACAAGAUUACUUCACACUGUCUUCAACAUACUUUCAGGGCCGACCACCUAAAUCUGUGAACAUGCACUGGAGACGAUUUGCGGUUUCUUCUAUCCCGAUAUCCGACCCUCAUCUAUUCGAACUCUGGAUCCGUCAGAGGUGGAUUGAAAAAGAUCACCUCCUUGAGCAUUAUAUGCUAAAUGGUCGGUUUCCCGAAGACGACGACAGGCCCGGGCCAGACACCCAAACCACAGAAGAGAAAGGUGCCAUUGACCUAAAAAGAAAGAUCAAGGUUGGCGGGAAAGAAAGAAUAAUCACUACCACAGGAGGAAGCUCUCCAAAUGGGAAUUGGGGAGGACCUAUAGAAACGGAGGUGAAGUUGAAGACAACUUGGGAAGUGCUCGAAAUAUUUAAAGUCCUUUUCACUUUGGGGUUGUUGUUCAAUAUUAUAACAAAACUGUACCACAUUAUCAGAGUAGCAACGCUAGGUUACACAUGA